GCAAAAUCCUUCAAGGGAUGUUGAAAACAUCCGUCUUUUUUGCCUUCCUAGCACUAUCAGCAGUGGCCGAUGAUGCGAGUUUCUUCAAAGUGUUAAUUAGAGAAGUCGACAAUCCGGCAGGAACACUUCAAAACGGGCAACCAUGCGGUGACUUUGGUUAUUUGGGACUUGGGUGUAAUGUUUAUUUACAAGCUGCAGUUAGCGCAACGGGUCAAAAUGUUUCGAGCUCAAACACAUUGACAUCUACAAAUCCAAUCAACACUCAAAUGGAAAACCGAAUUUCCAAUUUGAAUUUGGUUGUGCUUGAUGCAAAUGCCGGCAAUGCUCAUUCUUUUAAUGGAUUCGAUCUUCACAUUCUCAUAUCUUCUGACCAAGCUGCUAAUUCAAUCAUUGAUGACUACGUUAUUCAUGUUGACACAACUCAAAGCACAGGAGUAUAUUCUUACACUCACCAACGAGAUUCAACUCUUUCAACUACAAUUUCCAUUGCCUGGUCUACCAAUAUUUCUCCACCAAGCACUACCAGCACUCCAGAGCCAACAACAACUGAAGUUCCAUUCACCGGAUCUACUCUUCCUCCAACAACUACACCAAAGCCUCCGAUGGAUUGUUCAGAAAUUUCAAAUUUGACAUCUUCAGGUGUUCAGACAAUUUAUCCAAAUGGAUCUCCAGUGCAAGUGUAUUGUGAUACGACCUCGUAUGGAACAUACACAGUUAUUCAAAGUCGUGGAGCAACCGGUGAAAAUGUGAACUUUAAUAUAACAUACGAUAAGUAUACUGAUAUAAUUGGAACCCCAGGAAAGGAAACUAACUUCUGGUUUGGAUUAGACAAUAUGAAUCAUCUGAGUGGUGCAAAACCAUAUAGAUUGCAAAUUGAUCUAUGCUGUGGAACACUACUUGUUGCCAAACAAAUUUAUCACAGUUUCAAGGUUGGAACUGCAGAAUAUGGCUAUAAUCUUACAGCAACUGCUGAUAUCUCAGGAAUUGGGUUGGCUUACUCUUCGACUUAUACCGAUUUGGGAGCAAAAUUUUCAACAUUCGAUAAUUUUACCGGGCCCCUAGGAAAAGAUGAUUGUGACGAGUUCCAAUACUUUGAUGACAGCGGUGUUCAAUCACAACCAUAUGGAGGAUGGUGGUACGGAAGUUGCGGAAAUAACUUGAACGGCUUUUGGUAUCCUAAGAGAAAUGGAAACUGCACAGUUCCUGAUGAAGUUUUCAAAAACACAACAAUGCUUGGAAUUAACAUGAGAACGACAUCAGGACAAGGUUAUGGUGGAUAUAACGUUGAUAUGGUAUCCUAUGAUCGUGUUCGCAUGGCUCUAUUCACUUUUGAUUCAAUCACAAUCAAUCGAACUGACUCUUCAUUCUGCUCUUAACUUAUUAAUAAAAUGAACUUUUUGUUGAAAUGUUAAUCCGCUGAACAAUGAAGACAUCAAUGGAAGUAAA